CAGCAGCUUUCCCGGGCGCAACAUAAAUAUUGCAGUGCAGUGCAGCACAGUUUUCAGUUCCAUUUCAGACUGCGGGUUUUAUUUUCCCACUGCGGAGUUAAAAGUUAAUUUUCGAAUCCGUCCUCUAUCGACAACCACUCUAAUGGAGAGUGGGUAGUGCGUGUGUAUUUGUGUCUGUACCGAUCGGUUGAUCAAGUUCAAUAAUGAUGAUUUUACGCUUGUUCAUACUGCUACCGGUGCUGGUCGUUGCACUGUUCCUGUACGGUGCAAUCGUAAACAUCGGCUACAUCGAGGAGAAUCGUUGCCGUAUGACGUACAUGUUCGAGCAUCCGCAGUACACCCGGCUACCGGUGCAGGGCAACGAACGGUUCCCGAAGUAUGGGCUGUACGCGUACUCGGAGGGCUUCAUAACGCAGCGGGUCCAGCAGCGCGUCUUCACCGGCGCUCCGGUACUCUUCGUACCCGGAAGUGGUGGUUCGUACAAGCAGGUGCGCUCCCUAGCAUCGGUUGCACUGCGCAAAGGAAUCGACAACAAUUGGCAGGCACAUCUGGACUAUUUCAGCGUAGACCUGAACGAGGAACUGUCCGGUGUGUAUGGUGGGUUUUUGCAGGAUCAGACGGAAUUUCUCGAACUGUGCAUACAAGAAAUUGCCCGCCUGUACGGUUCCCGGGGUCGCUCCAUACGGAUGUUCAUUAUCGGCCAUUCCGUGGGUGGAAAACUCGCACAGGCGGUCGUUGCUCAGGCGGGAACGCGAGCAAACAUCGAUCGAUAUGUGGCGGGUAUAGUGACGAUAUCGGCACCAGUCGAUAAACCGGUCGCAUUGCUGGACCACUAUCAUCACAAUUUCUACGACCGCAUCGAGCAGGCAUGGAGAGCAAACCGAUCCGUAGCGGGAGAAUCGAAACCGUCCACACCAAAGUCAUCGCUGGACGGGAUUCUGUUCGUCACGAUCGGUGGCGGGAUCCGUGAUAUGAUUGUGCACGAUGGGCUCACCUCGUCGCGGUACGCCGAUUUACACGCCAUGACGCACAACAUUCCAAACGUGUGGCUUUCGGUCGAUCAUCUGUGUGCGAUGUGGUGCCUGCAGUUUGUGCUGGUCAUGAAUCGUUUCCUUUUCAGCAUGGUCGUACCGCAAGGACGCGGUAGCUUUGGGUUCGUCGAAGGCAAACAGGCCAAGCUGGAUAAUGCGAUCCGUUUUCUAUCCCAACCAUUUGCCAGCAGUCUGGACGAUGAUGAUGAUGAUGAUGAUGAUGUGCGAAACACUGUAACGAGUAGAAGACAAGAACGUCACAUUCAACAUCAUCCCGAACAGGAGGAUUGGAUCGAGGACAUUCGACGCUCGUUUACCGAACGACACCGUGCCGGAUUGGAGCGUACACGCGUGCAGAUGAUUCGGAUCGUGCCGGACAAAGCGUUCCAUCGAUUCCUUCGCGUAGAGGUCAUCAAUUCAGAGCAGAGCAACUGGUUGUCCGGUUGUCCGGCCGUAGAAGUUUACGGCAACUCACGCAUGUGCCAGAGGGCGGUCUCGCUCGCAAACUACACGCUACCGGUUCCAUCGUCUAAAUUUGAUCGUUUCGGAGCGCUUGUGGAUUUGCACGAGUUGAAACGCUUCAAUCCGUCGUGGACGCACGUGCUGGUCAAGAUCCCUCGUACCGUUAAACCGGUCCAGUUCAGCGUAGAUAUAUUUAAUCCGGACGAACGUGUGAUGAACCUUACCAUGCCGUACUGGUUUGAUUAUCGGACGCAUACCAUCCUGCAGGACGCAUCACCGGACGAUUCGUACUACAGGAUCAAUAUUCGCGGAAUGAAGCAUACCUACCAGACGAUUGCGUUUGAUCUUACGGCCAUAGCUUGUGGUGGCGUUAAGGGCACCGUGGUCGUGAAGGUGCACGUCCCAUGGGCGAACGGAUACGACCGGUAUGCGUUCCACGAGGAGCUGAAUCAGACUACCGUAUACAUUUACCCACCGAUCGAGAAACCACCGGAAGGAGAGGAGGAAGAACAGGAGGUGCCAAUACAACUAGACGUGCAUCUUACACCCGGAUGCAAAUAUCGUAUACGUUACGCACAAUCGUUCCGCGUCAGUAUUGCCCGUAUAGUGCAGCAGCAUCUUGUGCUUCUACCGGCACACUGCAUUGCCUUGCUGCUGCUCGCCUUUAAGGAGCAGCUUUCCCAAACGACUCCCGACGAUCCGGCCUUUGUCGUUGGGAAGCUUCGCAGUUCGCUUACCAAACCGGGGCCACUAGUAGUAUUGCUGGCGGCAACGUCACUCAUCGCCAAGUUCCUUACCCUAUUUAAAUCUAUUCCCCGGGUUGAAAUGCUGGCUACACCACUGGUCGUUACCAUUCUUGUACAUCUGGCCUCGCUCGGAGUGCUCGUUAUCUCUACGCUCGGCCUGUGGGGCUCGAUCGCGUUCUGUGCCAACUUUGCCCACAAAAUCAUACUGCGAUUGAUAGCCCUACCGAUACCGGUCAUGUCGUCGACGUUUCUGUCCUGCAUACACAAGUUCCCGCUGGCCAUUGCCGUGCUGCUGAUUGCGAUCGCACUGACCGCUUGCGGCGGUGUCAGUAUGCUGUGUGCGGCCGCCGUCUACUUUGUGCUGCUCUCGAAAGCGUACGAGGAUUAUUUGGAAAACUUUGUGUUUCAUACGGCGCGCAAAAUUGCGGCCCGUCUGUUCGGUGCACGGGAACAAAACGAACGCGACGGACCGCGCAAAAGAAGGAACCGUAGACGACCGGCAAACGAAACUGGCGACGAGCUGAUGGUGAUCAACUUUCAUCUGCCACUGUUUUUCUUGGUGAUUAUGUUGGCCCUGCUAAAUGUGCCAAGUGUUAUUACCUGGGCCAAGAACUAUAAUUACGCGAACACGCUGCAACCGGACCCAUCGCUAGUGCCGGCAUUGAUCGUGCUGGUGUGUUUGGCCGUCCUGUGGCAGCUGAACACGCCGCGGAACGUUUACGGGUACGAACUGUUGGCCGCCCUGCUGGUCAUCGUGGCCUUCGUAUCGGUGCUCUAUUGCCAAGUGCACGUAUAUCGACUUAACUAUUCAAUAGGGUUAGUAUUUCUCGCCAUCACCGUACACCAAAUAAUUGCGCCAAAGCGACGUGACGCGGAGAUGGAGAUGGACACCGAGGAGAAGGAACAGGGCGAGCUGGAGCAGCAGGAGUCUGAGGAGAAGGAAGAGAAAUGAUCGGCGAAAUGUGUGUUACAUGAAUGCGUGUUAAUUGUUCUAUUAUAGUAUUUCAAUAAACAAACGAAAACCUUCGCUAGUCAGCUGUUUUGCCAAACUA